AAGGAAUUCACAGUCCAUGUAUGUCGCAAAUCUAAGCACGAGCUCGUUGCUCUCUCUCUCUAUCUGAUUAAAAGAGAAAGGGCAAAUCGCAGCUUAGCGACAAACUCAUAAAUAGGCCAACAGCUCCAAGCGAGACCUCAGAUUGACCCCAAUCUAGACCCUCAGAUCCCGCUGUCGACGGCGAUCGCCAUGUCCGCCUCCUCCUCCUCCUCCACCGCGGUCCGAUCCCCCAUCUUCCCUCUAUUCGCAUUCAUUUCUCUCCUUCUUCUCUCUACUGCUCUUGCCUCUGAGGCGGAUCACAAGUACCAACCGGAUGACCCAGUUACCCUUUGGGUAAAUAAGGCUGGCCCUUAUAAUAAUCCACAAGAAACCUAUAACUACUACAGCCUUCCAUUUUGCCAUCCGUCUGGCAGUGCUGCACACAAAUGGGGUGGCCUUGGUGAGGUCCUAGGAGGAAAUGAACUUAUUGAUAGCAAGAUUGACUUAAAGUUCCUGAGGAAUGUGGAAAAAGGCACCAUUUGUUCAAUUGAACUUGAUGAAGCUAAAGUCAAACAAUUUAAGGAUGCAAUUGAGAAUAACUACUGGUUUGAAUUCUUCAUGGAUGACCUGCCAUUAUGGGGCUUUGUUGGUGAGUUGCAUCCUGACAAGAACAGUGAUAAUGGCAAGCAUGUCCUUUACACACAUAAGAGCAUCUUGGUCAAAUAUAAUAAAGAUCAGAUUAUUCAUGUCAAUCUUACUCAAGAAGGUCCGAAGCCCUUAGAAGCUGGUAGAAUAUUGGACAUGACAUAUUCUAUCAAAUGGAUGUCAACUAAUGUCACUUUUGCACGACGUUUUGAUGUGUAUUUGGACUACCCUUUCUUUGAGCACCAGAUCCAUUGGUUCUCCAUUUUCAAUUCAUUCAUGAUGGUUAUCUUUCUCACUGGUUUGGUGUCAAUGAUAUUGAUGCGGACUCUUAGAAAUGACUAUGCCAAAUAUGCACGAGAAGAUGAUGAUCUCGAUUCUCUGGAAAGAGAUGUUAGUGAGGAGUCUGGUUGGAAACUUGUUCAUGGGGAUGUUUUCCGGCCACCUCGCAAUUUAGUUCUUCUUUCAGCUCUUGUUGGGACUGGUGCUCAGCUGGCACUACUUGUGCUUCUUGUCAUCUUGUUGGCAAUUGUUGGGACACUAUAUAUAGGGAGGGGAGCAAUUGUCACUACUUUCAUUGUAUGUUAUGCUCUCACAUCCUUCAUAACUGGUUAUGUGAGUGGGGGGAUGUAUUCUCGCCAUGGCGGUAAAAAUUGGAUAAAGUCAAUGAUCCUCACAGCUACUCUGUUUCCAUUCAUGUGUUUUGGGAUUGGUUUCAUCUUAAACACAAUAGCUAUAUUUUACGGGUCUUUAGCAGCUAUUCCCUUUGGCACCAUGGUGGUGAUUUUCAUAAUUUGGGCUUUCAUUUCCUUCCCCCUGGCUCUUCUUGGCACAGUAGUUGGAAGAAAUUGGAGUGGUGCUCCAAACAAUCCAUGCCGUGUGAAGACUAUUCCUCGUCCAAUCCCUGAGAAGAAAUGGUACCUCACACCAUCUGUUGUUUCACUGAUGGGAGGACUAUUACCCUUUGGCAGCAUAUUCAUUGAAAUGUAUUUUGUCUUCACAUCCUUCUGGAAUUACAAGGUCUACUAUGUAUAUGGCUUUAUGCUACUUGUUUUUCUGAUACUCAUUAUUGUCACUGUUUGUGUAACAAUUGUGGGGACAUAUUUCUUGCUCAAUGCUGAGAACUAUCACUGGCAGUGGACAUCAUUCUUCUCUGCUGCCUCAACAGCUGUUUAUGUGUACUUGUACUCGAUAUAUUACUACCAUGUGAAGACUAAGAUGUUUGGCUUCUUCCAAACGAGCUUCUAUUUUGGAUACACUUUGAUGUUCUGUCUGGGUUUAGGAAUCCUCUGCGGAGCUGUCGGUUAUUUGGGCUCAAAUCUGUUUGUUAGGAGGAUCUACAGAAACAUCAAGUGUGACUAAAAUUUAGCUGCGGAGAAAGAUACCCGGGCCUCUAGCACAUUCUCGUUGAGACAAUCUCGGGUUAUGUAGUGGGGAUCUGUCAAAGCUUACAAAUGGAUCAAAAUGUUUGAUGACGGGGAAGUAUUCUUCUUUCUCUGGACUAGGGAAAGUCCCGAGAUUGUUUUUGGUUUUUGUCCCCCGGCUUGUAAGUGAAAUCAUUAAUUUAGAAUUCAGAGAUUGUUCUUAUAUCUGUGAAGUUAGCAAAGUAUAUCAAACGCCUAUCAAAUUUUUUUCCCUCAUGUUUAACAUAUAGGUUCCCUAUGUAAAAACUGAUGCCUAAUCCCCUUAAAUUUGUUUUGUUAUCUGUUCCUCUUUCUCAGUAGAAAACUUCUCAGGGGCAAGUUUGAAGAAAUGAAUUUUGUGCUUCAAAUUUAUGUGUGUA